AUGCUGCAGCAGCUACGAACCCGCACACCAGUGCACCUGCUGCAGCUGCAGUCCCAUCCAUUCCCGCACCGAUUCGUGGGAAGCGGCAUGGGUCGACUGACCCUGAAGACGACGUUCAAAACGUCAGCGGCGUACGUACAAUCUUGCCGCAGUGGCUUCGGACUCCCAUGA